AUUGUAAUAUACGCGUCGUAUUUGGAGCAACCAAUUUCGCGCUUUUUCGACUGUCGUGCUCGACGUAACGGGAUUUCCGAUAUUAGUGAUCGCACCAAAACACCGGUAAAGGGCCGAGUAGGCGCACGUGUGAAUUAUUCAGGGCGACGACUGGGAACACUGAACAGCAACGAUGGCUUCGCUGACCAAAGGGCAGCUGAUCAAUGAGCUUGUUAAUCACGGUGUAGAACCUCCGCCACCAAACGCCAGAAAGGAGAAGUUGGUCAAAAUGUAUGAGCAACAUGUGUCCCAUUUCCAAGAAGCUGCGGGAGAAUUUUCUAGCGAUGAGGAGGGCAUGCAAAGGCGCACAAAUGGAGACCAGGAAUCUGUCUCGUCGCUCUCUACAGACCUGACAGAGCUGAACAAUGAUCAGCUCUCUCAGCAGCUUCGGUCACAUGGCAUCUCAGUUGGGCCUAUUGUUGGCUCCACACGUCGACUCUAUGAGAAGAAGCUGGCCAAGCUGUUGGGACGUGAGGGCGCAGCCACGCAGCGCUCCACUACCACAAGCUACAACACGCGCACGGUGACGGUGACGAACGGCGCCGGCGGCGGCGAGGAUGAGUACUCGGAUAGCGAGCCGGAGGAGGCCCCGGUGCGGCUCAGCCAGGUGGCGGCAACGGCGCGUGGCGGCGGUGGCGGCGGCGGCGGCGGCGGCGAGCUUCGGCAGCGUCAUGCACCUGACGACAACGCCUAUGGAUACAGUUAUUACAAAACUUCACGAGUGGCGGAUGCGGCGCAGCUGAACCCACGCUCGCCGGCGCUGCGUCCCGUGUUCCUGCGCUCCGAGGAUGACCAGCCGACGCCCCGGCGCGGCGUGCGGGAUGUGCGCGGCUCGUACCCGCGCGAGCAGUACCUGCUCACCAAGACGGCCGUCGACAGCUACGCCAGCGGCCGCGCGCCGGUGGGCGGCGGCGGCGCCUGGGAUCUGGACUCGAAGGCCGACUCGGCCGGCUGGCUGCGCCCGCUGGUCAAGCUGUGCGUGCUGCUGCUACUGAUCGCCGUCGCGUACCUCGGUUACCAGAACUACGACGACGCGCCCAGCUUCCAGUCGCUGCAGGACGCGGCCCGCGACGCCGUGCACAAGGCGUCCGAAAAGGUCAGCAGCCUGCGCCAGAAGACAGAUGCCUAGGCGCCGCCGGGCCGCUGCCGCUCCGCGGAACACGACAGUUCAAAUCGCCCUCCACCCGGCCGGCCUCGCCGCGUGCGCCGCCCCGACCAGCGCGGACCGUCGCGGCGGAGGUCCCGACGUCCGCUGGCCAGCGCGUCGUGUCCCUCGGAAGCCCCCGUACUCCCGCGCCAUCGAAUGGAAUCGAUUCGAGCCACGGAACCCUCACGCGGAUUCAUCGACCCUUCCUUUUGCCCCUCCCCCCCCCCCCCCCUCCAUCAACAUAAUACGAAAGACGCGGGUGCCACCGCGCACAUGCGGCCCACGAUCGGUCCGCACGCCCGCGGCCGCUCCUGCACGAGCGCGCAGUCCAUGGGACAUUAUUUUUGACAAGACCUGUUGCCUCAUUUUGCCUCCGCUUUUGUAAGCGUCACACUGAAUGGAGGUGGUGGAUUAAUUUGGCCAUCAGGGCGCUGUCUGCUGGGUCGGUGCUCCUUCGGUUUCAGUGCGCAGUGGUCUGGUGGUGAGUUUUUAGGCACGUUCUUUACGUUUGGUAGCGGUGUGAGAGCUUCCGGUGGGGCGUUUUAUGAAGAAGAGCGCCUCCUAUAUGGAAAGAGUGGUAACAUACGCCGCGAUUCGUUCAUUGCAUUAUGUUGGUCGGCGGAUAUUGCUUUGGUUCGUGUAUUUUGAACUUUUUAUGCGGAUAUGGCUCGCUUCGUUUCGAACGAUAGCUUUGAACCGUGAGAUUGCACGAGGCGAGAUUCGUCGACAUUGCCCCCUGUAGUUCUGGAAAAUUUGUCGGAUUGAAUACAGCGGUUUUAAGCAA